AUGCAUGUGGUGUGUGCGGACCCGGCGACUCGAGCCCAACUCGCCGAUCGGCUCUCGUUGGCCGAUGCUGAACACGCGGCGAUCGUGGUGGCCGGCAGCGCAAACUCGGUUCACGCCUAUUUCGGCACUCCGGACACUUUCGACAAUGUCGUGGUGGCGAUUAGUGAUAUCGGCGAGAACAAUCUCAAAUACGCUAUCAGAUACAUGUUAGCAAAUGCCGACAAGCCCAUCAAGCUGGCGAUUGUGAUGGACGAGUGGAAUGAGGUGUUGGGGGAAAGAUUGGAACAGGUGAUACGAACCGAGUACCGUCGAGCUGAGAACAACAAUCUGAGCGAGAUUGAAAGAGUUCGAAAUCUCCGAGAGAGCGCCUGGAAAACGGAGCGUUUGCGCGAGUUGGAGAAGUGGCGAACGAUUCCCGCGUUUCAAUAUGCAACUUUUAGAAACAAUUUGAUUCUGGAUAAUGAGUUGAAGAAAUUCUUCUCGGACACAUCGAGCACAUCAGCCGUUGAGGAUCGACACAUCGCUCAAAAGCCACCGCUUCUUCAUUGGACAGCACUCCCACUCGAAGAAGAGAUGCAAAUCGUCUUGAGAUUCACUUUUUCUUUAUAUGGCCCAGCCGUCUCCGUUCUCCGAUCGGCAGCUGAAACCUCACAAAGCUCUUUCGACUCGACUUAUCACUGGACACACGGGGUUUUGUUGACCUGUGAACCGGUUCGUGUUCACCUUCAAUUGUUAACGCCGCAACGGCUCGAGAUCGCGGGACGGGUGGCCGUUGACGAAUUGGAAGGCGAAGAGGCAAAAGAACCGCUGAAAGCCGUUUGGCCUUAUCUCUCAGUCGUGACAAGGAAUCUUCGCGAUGAACUCCGCCGACAUCCACAUAUUCAAUACUCGAUGGAAUUGAUCCCGUUCGGCACCUCACUAUUCAUUCCACCGAUCGACUGCCGGGUUUUCGAUCUCACACUCUUUAUGAGCACUUUGUUGAAAUUCGGCAAAGUUGGGUUCAAGUUGGGCGAAACCGUGCACGAGGUCGAUGUGAGGACACUGUUCCCGGGCUCAAUUCCGUCAAGUCUCGCCGAUUUAUGUUCUCAAACGCCUCCAUCACCGAGUGUACACAACAACGAGAAGCUCAACGGGGCUUCUAUCGCUCCGCUCAUCAACGAAAAGCAGUUCCGAUCGUACAGCAUUGCCGGGGUUUCCCCAUUCGCGAACUCUUCGCCGCCAAUGGUGAAUUCGUUGAAAGUGGCGCACAAUCGAGGUCGCCGGGUUUCCUUUGGAACGAUCAAGUGUGAGGGAGAGGCAUUCAAAUUGGAUGAUGGGAUUCAAAAGUUCUUGGCAAAGCACAGAGCCGACGGGUCG